AUGUUUUACAUUUUUCUUUUCUACUAUUUAAUGUUAUCGUUUUCGUGUGCACAAGAUCCGGUGGCAAAUUUACGUCAAGGUCGUAUCAUCGGGAUUAAAGUUUUUACUGAAAGCACUCUUACACCUAUCGAAGUUUAUUAUGGUAUACCAUACGCUAUUCCGCCUAUUGGACGACAUAGAUUUUUGGCACCGGUAAGACACACUGGAUGGGAACGUACAUUUUUUGCCCGUCGUAUACCCCCACAUUGCCCUUGUGAAGAAGAUCCCGAUAAUGACAAUGCAAGUGAAGAUUGUCUAUUUUUAAACGUGUGGACUCCGCGGCCCACCGAAGGUGUCGCGUUACCAGUCGUUGUUUUGCUGUACAGUGAAUCAUGGACUCGCGGUGGAACAACGUUGCCUUGCCAAGAAUUAGCUGGCGAAGGUGUCGUAGUGGUCACAAUGUCCUAUCGUUUACAUCUUUUAGCAUUUUUCACACUGAAAUCUAAAUCGGCACGUGGCAAUCUUGCUCUACUGGACCAAUACCUCGCUCUUGUGUGGAUACGUGAUAACAUAGCGGCGUUUGGGGGUAAUCCCGCAACGAUUACAUUAUUAGGACAUUCUGCGGGUGCCGACAGCAUAUUGUACCACUUGGUGUCACCUCGAUCAACAGGUUUAUUUCAUAGAGCGAUUUUAAUGUCUCCUCAGUAUAUUUGGCAAGCAAUCGAUGAGAAAUCGACCAACAAUCAGACCUAUAGAAUUUCUCAGGAGAUAGUAAGGGUACUCGGAUGUAAUGACAACGGGGAAAGUGAUAUUAUUAACUGCCUGCAAACUCGCCCGCUCUCUGAUAUAAUAGCUCUCUAUCCGAACAAAACCUGGAGUAAAUAUUUGCACCCGAUCCCGGACGACUUCCUGCCAGAUUCCGAACAGUUCUUGCCCGUUUCAUUAGUAACAGCAUUAUCGCAGGCGAAACGAAAACAGAAGCCGAUUGAUCUACUGUUGGGUACAAACGACAUUGAUGCCCUUAACUACAAUGAUGAAACAUACGCAGAGUUAAACAAUCUUAGUCCUCUACACAUUUCUAAGAUUGCAGAUUCUCGAAUCAUACCUAAAUUACUUCAAAUGUUGUCGUUGGGAGCAGCUGAAGAUUUUCCCGUGCUCGUAAAGGCCAUCCGUUGGGAAUACUGGAAUGAUGUACCUCAGAGGCUGACGAAUAUAAACGAAGCUAUAGAAAAAGUUGCAAAACUAGAAACGUCGGCUAAAUGGGACGCCGGCGGUGCGCUCCUGGCCGCUAGAAUAGCCCGCAUCGCGGCUCGACUAUAUGUGUACCGGUAUUCUCAGCCAGGAGGAGUCGAUCUUUACGGGCGAUACAUGAAUUUUAGCGGGGCAACGCACGGAACGAAUCUAGUAUCAUUACUAGGAAACCCUAUGAUAAUGCAAAUAGCCCGUCGACUCGCAACAGCAGAUGAAAAACAGAUUUCAUCUCUAUUUAGAAAAAUAAUUAUCAAUUUCAUCAAACACGGAUACCCCGUCGAAGACGGUAAAUGGCGACAAUAUAUGGUGGGCGAUGCUCAUAUUUAUAUUAUAUCUAAUGGAAAGUACUACAAAAGCUAUAACAACGAUGUCGAAUUUUGGUUGAAAUAUCUGCCGGAAUUGUCAAACUUAAUUUCUAAACCUGAUCAAACAGAACAGCUCGCCUUAGAACAAGAAGAAAGCCGGUUACGGGGUGGUGUGCUUGCAAUGUGCGGAGUGGCUGUGUUUCUACUUCUUCUACUAAGUGUAAGCGCUAUACUUUUGCGCAGGCAACAUUCCCGUCGUUAUUCAGUUUCCGAUGAAACACUUAAUUCUUAGCUUAUCUAGAUAUUAUAAAAAUAAAAUUAAUGCGAUAUGAGACUAUUUUUAUUGUUAUUAUUC